AUGAUGAAGAUGGAGGCGUUGCCGAAGGGAUUCAGAUUCCGACCGACAGAUGAGGAGCUCAUAAAUCAUUACCUAAGGCUCAAGAUCAACGGCCGUCAUUCCGAAGUCAAGGUUAUACCCGAAGUUGAUGUCUGUAAAUGGGAGCCCUGGGAUCUUCCUGCACUGUCAGUGGUAAAGUCUGAUGAUCCUGAAUGGUUCUUCUUCUGCCCGCGUGAUAGAAAAUAUCCAAAUGGGCAUCGUUCUAACAGGGCCACAGAAGCUGGUUUUUGGAAGGCCACUGGCAAGGAUCGUACUAUAAAAGCGCACAAAUCAACCUCUUCUGGUCGCUCUAGUGCCCACUUCAUUGGCAUGAAAAAGACUCUGGUUUUCUACAGGGGUCGUGCUCCCAAGGGUGAACGUACAAGUUGGAUCAUGCAUGAGUAUCGUGCUACUGAACCAGAUCUUGAUGGCACCAGUCCUGGCCAGGGAGACUACGUGCUAUGCCGCUUGUUCCACAAGCCAGAUGAGAAGCCAGACAGUUCUAAAUAUGAUGAAUUUGAACCAACCGGAUUGUCUCCUUCCACAAACAAAUCCUCUCCUGACGAGACAUCAUCAGAUUUUUUUCAAGAACCUUCAGUGCUAGAUAUGCCAAUAUGCAAGGAGCCGGGGGAUGUAAAGGGGUGUUUGACCUACGAGUCAGAAAACACGACUCCUAACAUCCUUACACCAGUUAAAGGGUAUAGAUCUGAUGAAGUAUUUCACUCGGCAGAAGAAACAUCUCCUGAGGUAUAUGCACCACUAAGAGCAAAUUCAAUGUGCCAAGAUUCCACAAACAAUCAAAUUGAUCAUAAGGUUGUGUUGCCAUUGUCAUUCCACAAUUACACCGAUUUGGGGGCUCGCGUGGGUUCACCAUUUGCUGAUGACUUUGGCAAUGAUCACAAUGGAUUUCAUUUUCAAGAUGGCUCAUCUGAACAGGAUGUGUCCCUGUCUGAGCUGUUGGAAGCCCUUCAGAAACGUGACAAUUACUCUUAUGAAGAGCCAACUAGUCACAAGAACUCGGUCAUGACUAGUGAAUGCUUUGUGCCAGAUUAUACUAACGGUCUGAGUGAAAGGCCAUCUGCGAACUGUAAGCUGAGUGACUAUAAACUCUACAGUGGGACAGAUACUGAAAUGGUUCCAGAACAGGGGCAAACAUCUUCAAGAUUCUUCCAUGCUCUGUCAUCUGAUGGUUCUCUUUCAAAUUAUGCUGCUGAAACAGAUGCUUCAUCUGCCAAUAUUGUUAUGGAUUCAUAUUGCAACCCACAAGACUCGCUCUAUCAUGCAAAUCCAAUCAAAUAUGGCAGAAAUCCUGUUGGUGGAACUGGGAUUAAGAUUCGGCCGCGUCAGCAUAGAAAUAAACAAAUUCCAGGAACAGCUCAGGGAACUGCCUCUAGGAGAAUUCGUCUGUUGAUCGAACCUGGACCAGAGUCUUUAUGUACUGACAAGUCUUUAAAUGCCAGCAGCACAGAAAAACAAAAAUCAGCAGUUCUGGAGGUUGCCAAAUAUAUUGACAAAACUUUCGAGUUUCCUGAACCAGGGGGAAGAAUUCUCAAUAAGAAAAUGAAUACUGCUCAAACGAGGAAAAACACAAUUGCUACAGCCUUCCUUGGAAAGAAUUGCUACAAUAUCCAAAACAAUCGAAGUAUUUGCAGAGAAGUCCAUACAGACUUAAUGUCCUGUAUGACACGAAGCUUCAACCACCGUGAAACCACACCUGCAAGCAAGGACCAGCCCGUCUCUAGGUGCCAAAGCUUCAGUAUUCUCAGUCAACAAACGACCUCUCAUUGGCUUAGACGCCUGACAACCCGAGUAGAAUCCAGACUUCCCUCGGAAACCCCAUCCGAUUCUGGACAACUCGAUAGUGCUGAGGCAGCCUGA